UUUGGAUCACAAGCGUACUCAACCAACUUAGGACCAAGUUCUCAUACUGCUGAACGAUACGUUACACAGACAAAUGCACAGUGUUUCAUACUAAAACCAGUGGCAUGUAAUAAAUGAUACAGAUAGUGAAAUUGAAACACUCGAAACUGAAUACAUGUUUAGCAGGCACUAAAGGUAUUGGACGCAUUGUUUAGUCAGUAAACAUCGAGUGAGCGCAUUUCAAUUUUCUACAGCAUGACCAAAAUCCGUGCAUCUAAGUUGCGUGGAAAGCCUGAGUCUGAGCUCCAAAAGCAAUUGGGUGAGCUAAAGACCGAACUUGGAAACCUUCGUCUUUAUCGUGUAACGCGUGGUACAUCCUAUCAUGGGAAGCUGAAAAAGAUCCGGACUCUUCGCAAGUCCAUUGCGCGCGUUUAUACUGUUAUGCAUCAAGCUCAAAAACUUCGUCAAAGAGAAGCUUAUCGUUCCAAAAGAUACGUUCCAAAGGAUUUACGACCGAAGAAGACUAGAGCAAUUCGAAGAAGACUCACAAAAAAAGAGCAGUCCAUACAUUCAGCACGAUCAAUGCGCAAGGCGAGAGCGUUCCCACGUCGUGUCUUCGCGAUUAAAUGCUAAAUAAUAAAGGUUCUGAUUGGCACUUCCUCAUUGUUGGUCAUGUGAGUAUCGGGGGUUUUCGGGUCGGCAAUAUAGGUAUUUUAGGAUUUCUGCACAUGUUUUAUUCAGGUUCAGAAGUGUUUUCUGUUCUGUCUAAACAUAUUCUAAAACCAGUUAUUAAUCACUUUUCUAAAUGAAUAAGUGAGCAACAUUAGCUGUAUGUCUCACCACGUACAUAGAUAAAUCGCAUUCGGUGUCUUGCACGAGGAAUUAUUUAGCAUAGGUACACCGUCACUAAGUUAUCACGAUUUAUUUAUACUCUUAUGGUUGAAGUCUUGUAACCAUCAUAGUAUUUAAUUGGCGUUGCUCACUGAAAUUGCAAUUUGAAUUUUGUU